AUGAGAGUUAUCGCGUUUUCGUUGCUUUUCGCUGCUUAUGCCCGGGUUAUUCGAGAAAUUGAAGGGUCAGGAGAAGAGCAGGAAGCUAGAGUUUCCUACCAUUCAAAGAUACACAUUAAAACUCCAGAGCAGAUUAACGCCGCAUUCAUGCAAUCUUUGGAGCGAACUAGAAUCAACCACGAGCGUCUUAUGGCGAAAACGAGAACGGAUUAUGAAAAGUUUCAGGAAAAGAUGAAAAAUCUCCGAAGCAACGAAAGUGUUAAAGCGAUUGAAGAAGGAAUCAAGGCAGAUCUCAAAACCGGUCUUAGGACAGCCCAAGAGAAGAUGCAAAUCGAGUCUGAGGGCCUCGAACCGUCAAAUCCUUUCGAACCGAUUGCUAGAACCGGAAUUGACCUUUUCUCUGGACUGAUUGACGACGUUAUCGUCUCGAUCAAUAGAGAUGAUUGA